CCGCGAAAUCCUAACCACCGACACAAAACGAUAAACGACUCGAUCCGUGAGUUGGAAAUCGAAAACGAAUUGAUUUAAACGUCUACCUCGCCUAGUUUAUCAGACUCUUUUCUAGCGCCGCCAAAAGUUCCACCUCUCUCAUCAGCGGGGUUGUCGGCGAAACGAAAAAUCCCCGGUCCUACAACUCGAAACUUCAACACCGAAAAUAUGGCAGCGCAUCAGUCCAGUCAAGCAGCAAUCAUCGAAGAUGACGAGGUCGACUAUGAAUCACUCUCGCCAAACUCUUCCAUGACGGCCAACAUGCUUGCCGGUGCUUUUGCGGGUAUCAUGGAACAUACUGUCAUGUACCCCAUCGAUGCUAUCAAGACAAGAAUGCAAGUCGUCAACCCAUCGCCCGCGGCUGUUUAUACUGGUGUCACUAAUGCGGUUGCACGGAUUUCCUCGGUGGAAGGUGUUCGGGCAUUGUGGCGAGGUAUGACCUCUGUGGUGAUGGGCGCUGGUCCAGCGCACGCUGUUCACUUUGCUACAUACGAGUUUGUGAAGGAAAGUGUUGGUGGCAACGAGUCCGGUCAUCGCAUUUUCGAGACCGCCGUUGCUGGAGGGUGUGCGACCAUCGCCAAUGAUGCUCUGAUGAACCCUUUCGAUGUCAUCAAGCAACGUAUGCAAAUGCACGGCUCAACAUACAAGUCGGUUCCCGAGGCCGCUCGUGCUAUUCACAAGGCCGAAGGUUUCCGUGCUUUCUACAUCUCCUACCCUACCACCCUUACCAUGAACAUCCCUUUCACGGCCAUUCAGUUCUCAGCGUACGAAUCUUUCUCGCAGAUGCUUAACCCGACUAAGAAAUACGACCCUCUAUCACACGUCAUUGCCGGAGGUUUGGCCGGUGCCACCGCAGCUGCGUUGACGACGCCAUUGGAUGUCAUUAAGACCCUUUUGCAGACGAGAGGAAGCUCGCAGGACGAGAGAAUACGAAAGUGUAGCAGCAUGAAGGAGGCGGCGAAGAUUAUCUACGAGACUCAGGGUUCAUGGGGAUUCUUGCGUGGUCUGCGACCACGUAUCAUCAGUAGCGUUCCGGCAACUGCUAUCUGCUGGGGAUCGUAUGAGGCUGGAAAGGAGAUCUACAAGCGUACUACAGGUGAGGCUUGAGCGGCGUUGGGCGGAU